AUGAGGCUCCGUUUUGGGAUGAUGACGCCCAACUUGCUAGUCUUGGCCGCUAUCGCUGGCCUUCGCCCUCAUGGAGAUGAUUUCUCGGGCGCCAACCUUCUAGAAGCCAAGGUGGGCUUAGAUUUUCACAAGUCAAACAAGACCUUGGGGAGUUGGGUGAAGACGUAUCUUGGCCAUGGUGGAGAUCCCACCGACCCUCUUUCCAUCAAUGGCGUAUCCUAUACUGAGCAUGUGGCUUUUCUUGUGAUGUGGUUGUGCAAGUUCUUGGCAUGGCCAAAAUCCGGCGGGAUUGCUAAGGAAUUUCAAGCCUUGGCGGAGGUACUUGCGGAUGGCCAGCAAGUGGCCAUGUGCCCAAUCUUUCUUGCCUAUCUUUAUAGAGGGCUCCACGAGCUAUAUUUUUCGGAAUUAAGUCCCACCACCGUUUGCCCAAACGAUAAAGCGCUUCUUGGUCCACCCUUGCUCAACGCCCCACGCCGGAAGUAUUAUGUUGAGGAUUGCUUCCGAUUUUUCUAUGAGUGCCAGGAGAGGACUAGGGAGCAUCUCUCCAUUUGCCUAGAUCACCGUUUCCCGGAUUAUCUAGCCCUCGUGGAAUUCAAGGAUGCAAAAGAAGUCACCACCUUGACGAAUUUCAACCAAGACUUGGUGAAAUCCUUCAGUAUUUCAAUUAGAGAUCCCCGGUUUGGUGACUCUAAUAUUUUUAUCCAUUGGUGGAAAGAAAUGUCGGCCGGUUGGUUUUCUCAACCAUGCUCAGAGAUUGAGGAUAGGAUCUUCAAGCAUUUCCCAUGCUCAUUGGUCUUUCAGCAAGAGAAAGAGAAGAAGAAGGCCCAAGCAAAAGCUAACAUCGCCGAGAAGGAAAGUCAUCCCGCCGACAUGAUUAAGAGAGAGAGCUCGGCCAAAUCUGCCGCUGCAAAUUCUUGGCAGGGUGAGAAAAGGCCCAACACCCCCAUCCAAGGAGAUAGCCCUUUGGAAAUAUUAUGCCCCUUCGCAAACAUUCCUUCGGCCCAGAAAAGUUCCGCGCAAACCAUUUCAAGGGUUCCCCAAGGCUGGCGGAGCAUCCUUCCUCUUCUCAUUCGGUCGGGGCCGUGCAAUUGGCUACUACUUCGUCCGCCGCUCCGGGCAAAAACUCACCCUUAUGCCCAAAGAUCUAGGAAACUCGAACUUCUGUACUUGAGAAAGAAAUUGGGGGCGCAAAUCAUGACUUUGGUGGGCGAGGAUGAGCGGGCCAUUUUUGGCCUCGAACUUUCUUCGACUGACACCAUGGCCAUUGAGGCCGAAUUUCAGCCCCUUUUUGCCAUAAGCUCGAACCCUCCCUUGACUUGCGCCUUUCGAAAGCGCCCCAAAGUGGCCCAACUUCUUCUCACACUCGAGUCUACUGCCAUUACGGUCGACCAUGCGAUCAUCACCAGUGGUGCGCCUCCCACUAUUCCCACCGACAGAAAUGCACCACCUGAGCCCGUCCUUAUGUUGACCUCGGGAGCUCCUGCCUUGGUGGUCAAUGCUACUCCGUCCGAACUCCAACUUGAGAUUGGAGAGUCUUCAUGCUUUGUGCCCACCAAGAGUACCAUGAAUCCAUCGACGGAUGAUGGGAGAAGCUUGGCAAUGGUCCCUCAUGAAGAGGCCUUUCUACCAUCCCUUGAUCAGUGUGACAUUUUUGACUUCCUAGAUCAAUGGGAUGCAUCUAUAUCUUCGGUGGAGGCUUCCACUCGCCUUGCCACUUCUUCCACCAUGACCGGGGCCCUACCAGAUUCCGGGGCUGAGGCCAUACUUCAGUCAUACAAAGAUGGAGAUCUCAUGUCCUUGGAGAACAAAGAUGAGAGAAACAAGCUCAAGGCCACCAUCGAGACUUUUGGCGGGUUCUGGAUUUUUCCCCAAUCCAUGCUCGGCGGCUAUGAUCACUUAUCUCUUUGGUCAAGUGGAGAAGUUUGCCCCCCGCCGCCGUCCUUUUCUGGAGGAGCAAAGGAUGGGCCAAGACUUGGAGCAGUAAGGCAGCUUCAAGAGAGGAAGGCUGGCAUUGUUGCCAAAGUCUCCGAGAUUAUCUGGAGCAAUAAGCCUCUCGAGGCUCAACUUCGACAGGAUACAACAGCGGUGGGAGAGUAUCGAGAGAGGAAGUUGAUGAUUCAGUCUACCUUGUCUGUCGGAGAUAUCGUGAUGGAGAGCUUUAGGACUGCCCUCUACACCCUUUUCCCUGAUGCUUAA